UUCCUCGGAGGAAAACAAAAUCCAUCAGGAAAAGGAAGGAUAAAAGCAAGGAAAAAGGAAAAGCGGGGAAAGGGGGGUGGGGGGGGGAGAAACAACCCCGCGGCCGGAGCUCGACGGCGCGGCUGCACGGUGCAGCCCCCCCCGCCCGCUCCGAGCCCCGCCGCCGCCUCCGCCGCCGCCACCAUGAACAAGCUUUACAUCGGGAACCUCAACGAGAGCGUGACCCCGGCCGACUUGGAGAAAGUCUUCACCGAGCACAAGAUCUCCUUCAGCGGCCCCUUCCUCGUCAAGUCCGGCUACGCCUUUGUGGACUGCCCCGACGAGCAGUGGGCCAUGAAAGCCAUCGAAACUUUCUCGGGGAAAGUGGAGCUCCAUGGAAAACAGCUCGAGAUUGAACAUUCGGUCCCUAAAAAGCAAAGGAGCCGGAAAAUCCAGAUCCGGAAUAUCCCCCCCCAGCUGCGAUGGGAGGUGCUGGAUGGUUUGCUAGCCCAGUAUGGCACUGUAGAAAACUGUGAGCAAGUGAACACGGACAGCGAGACGGCCGUGGUCAACGUCACCUACGCCAACCGGGAGCAGACCAGGCAAGCCAUCAUGAAGCUGAACGGGCACCAGCUGGAGAACCACGCGCUCAAGGUCUCCUACAUCCCCGACGAGCAGUCCCUGCAGGGCCCGGAGAACGGGCGGCGCGGCGGCUUCGGGGCGCGGGGGGCUCCCCGGCAGGGCUCCCCGGUCACGGCGGGGGCCCCGGUGAAGCAGCAGCCGGUGGAUAUCCCGCUCCGCCUCCUGGUGCCCACCCAGUACGUGGGGGCCAUCAUCGGCAAGGAGGGGGCCACCAUCAGGAACAUCACCAAGCAGACGCAGUCCAAGAUUGAUGUGCACCGGAAAGAAAACGCAGGAGCCGCCGAGAAAGCCAUCAGCAUCCACUCCACCCCUGAGGGCUGCUCCGCUGCCUGCAAGAUGAUUCUGGAGAUCAUGCAGAAGGAGGCAAAGGACACCAAGACAGCUGACGAAGUGCCUCUGAAGAUCUUGGCCCAUAACAACUUUGUGGGGCGCCUGAUCGGCAAAGAAGGGCGAAACCUGAAGAAAGUGGAGCAGGACACGGAGACAAAAAUCACCAUCUCCUCCUUGCAGGACCUGACUCUGUACAACCCCGAAAGGACCAUCACAGUGAAGGGCUCCAUUGAGAACUGCUGCAAAGCCGAGCAGGAGAUCAUGAAGAAAGUGAGGGAAGCCUACGAGAACGAUGUGGCUGCCAUGAGUUUGCAAUCCCACCUCAUCCCUGGCCUUAACCUGGCUGCGGUUGGCCUCUUCCCUGCCUCCUCCAACGCGGUACCUCCGCCACCGAGCAGCGUCUCUGGGGCCGCGCCGUACAGCUCCUUCAUGCCUCCGGAGCAGGAGACGGUGCACGUCUUCAUCCCCGCGCAGGCGGUCGGGGCCAUCAUUGGGAAGAAGGGCCAGCACAUCAAGCAGCUCUCCCGCUUCGCAAGUGCCUCAAUCAAGAUUGCUCCCCCGGAGACGCCGGACUCCAAAGUGCGCAUGGUGGUGAUCACGGGCCCUCCGGAAGCUCAGUUCAAGGCACAAGGCAGGAUUUAUGGGAAGCUGAAGGAGGAGAACUUCUUUGGACCGAAGGAAGAAGUGAAGCUGGAGACGCACAUCCGGGUCCCUGCCUCGGCCGCGGGCAGGGUCAUCGGCAAAGGGGGCAAAACCGUCAAUGAGCUGCAGAACCUAACGGCAGCAGAGGUGGUGGUGCCGCGGGACCAGACCCCUGAUGAGAAUGAACAGGUCAUUGUGAAGAUCAUUGGGCACUUCUACGCCAGCCAGAUGGCUCAGCGCAAGAUCCGGGACAUCCUGGCGCAGGUGAAGCAGCAGCACCAGAAGGGACAGAGCGGGCAGACACAGGCACGGAGGAAAUGAGAGCAGCACCGACACCAGCGGGACAAGCGGAACGAGCCGAUGCCAGGCUUAAAGAGUGGCUGGGAAUCAGUUACCGUAGACAGAUGCUAACUUUUCAUUAACCCAUGGAGAUUGAAGGCAGGUUUGAUUGGCUUCCGAGGUAGAUGGCUAGGGGAAGGAAAAACCAUUGGAUCCAUUUUCAGCUCCGCGUGCCGGGACAGCUACUUAAAUGAUGUGAGAGGUGCUGCUGGGUGCCAGCGAUGCUGAGGCCAGCGCGGCCCCGGGCGCAUGGGGACGGUGAAGCUGAGUCCCCUUCCAUGGGUGCAGCAUUCACCCUCUCAUUUAAGUAGCCUCUGGAGGUUCCCAUCCCAGCCCCGUGGCUGCAUCUCCCCUCCCUCCCUCCCUCCUGCAGCUGGUUGGGUAUUCCCAGGGUGGCUUUAAGCCUUUUGGAGCCGUUCAUUUGGAUGAGUUUUAGGUUUUUUGGGAAGAGAAAUCCCGGUGGAUUUUUACCAACCCUCGUUGGUAACAAGAUCCAUUGCGGGCUAAAAAGUGAUGAUUAAAGGAAAUAUCCCCCCUUCCUGUUAGCACCAAAUGGAUUUGAGUCCCUUGGGAGCUCUGCACCGCUCCAGCCUCCAAACCACCGGCGGGCAGGAGGGCAGGAUUCCUCCUGCCUGUGCUGCCUGCAGUGCAGUGCCUUGUGGAGCCUUAGAAGCCAGGAGAGCACCUCUAUUGCCCAGGAUGAUCCCCCCCCCACACCCCUUUCAGUUUUUUGGAUGUUUCUUUUCAUUUUUGGGUCAGUUUAAAGGAAGAUUCCCCCUUUUUUAUUAUUAUUAUUUUUAUUUCUUUUUAAGCCUAUGAAAUAAUGGCAGGAGUGGGACAAAAGUGACCAGUUUUCCCCAUGAGGAGGUGACAGCCAGUCCUAGAGAUGAGGCAAACGGCCUGGGGAAGGGAAGGGCUGAGGAAGCACCUUUGCUUUUCCUUCCCUUCAAGCAGCAGCAAUAAAACCACCACCAAAAAGAGGAAGAAAAGCAAAAACCCACCCCUGCUUGGUAGGAAACAUUGACUUCAUCUUCAGCUCCUUACUAAGCAGCUGGUGGGAACUAAACCCAUGCAGAAUGGUUUGGGGGCUUGGAGGGUUGAGCAGGGCGAUGCCCAGUGCAGGGGACUUGGCUUUGCUGCCCAGUUCCUUUGGUGCAUCCUCAGCCUUGAUUUCCCCUCCUGGAACAGGAGGUUUGUGGCCCAAAAUCCCA